UAGAGUCUCGGAAUGUUGUUUUUCUGAAAGUGUACCGAGUAUUCUUAUUUAUAAUAAAUGUAAUUAAUAAAUCUAAUGGUUGAGUGAAUUAAAGUUAUUGUUGUAACUUACCAAAUACACAAAUAAAUGUAAAUGUACAUUGUUAUCUGAUAGUUGCACAAGCGUAUCAGACUUCAUAAAUUACAUUCGAUUAAAUAUUAUAUACAUAUACUGAUCCUUACGUUCCUUCACGAUCGAUUUAUAUUCCAUCGAAAUGACAAAUCUUAAUGUGAGCAACAGCAGUACAGACAGUAGUUCUGGGUCGAGUUCUGAUUCCAGCAGCAGUGCUUCCAGUUCAACCAGCUCAGGUUCAGGCUCUAGUAGCUCGGACUCUGAAUCAUCAGCAUCAGAUGUCCAAACAACUACAGCAGCUUCCAAGUCUCCAAAAGUUACACCUACUGAUGAACCGAAAAAGAAAGACGAGCUCAAACAGAGAAGAUCAUCUAAAUCCAAAAUCAUAUCUUCAAGUGAUGACGACAUUCCUAAAAUACCUAGUCCUAAACCUAUUGCCAGAAGAGGUAUGGCCAAAACCAAAAAUGCGGCAAGUGUUCUAGCAGCAAAGAAACCAUCAGCAAAGCCUGUAGGGGCUAAAUCCCGAGCAAUAGCUAAAGUUACCAAAAUAGUGAAUAAUGAUAACGCAUCAAAAAAGAAAAGUAUAUUUUCUCCUGAUAACAGUUCUGAAUCAGACUCAGAGAGUAAGGGUAGUAAGACUUCUAAAUUAAGUCCAAAAAGAUCCCCUAAAGCAAAAAAGACAAGAAAGUCAAGUGAUGAUAAGGACACCUCACCACCUUCAAUUCAAAAUGAUGAUUCAAAUUCCAAGGAUAGUUCCAAGAGAAGAGGAAGUAGAUCGAGUGGGCCCCCUAAAAAGUUAGAAGAUAAAAGUGUGUCAUCUUGUUCAUCCAGUCAAUCAUCAGUGGAAUCUGUGUCUUCAGAUAGUGAAAGUGAGCCGACAUCAAAGAAAGGUCUAUCUAAAACCAAGUCUAAUAAAGAGAUUCAAAAAAGUGGUGACUCUGGUGACUCAGUGCCUAGAAAGUUGACGCGUUCUACCGCAGCACGGGCUUCACGUAUGGUGUCUUCUAAACCAAAUGAUUCUGAUUCUGAAGCUGAAGAAAAAAGUAAUGGCAAAAGUAAGGAUAAAGAGGAUAAAAGGCUAGCAAAAGCUCGUGCAGCACUAGUGAAAUCACCAGCCGUUCUACCGAGAUCCACCUCACCCUCGGAGAGAAGAUGCCCAGUCAGAGGGUGUGAUUCGAAAGGACAUUUUGGUGGAAAGGCAGAGAAGCACUUCACCUACGACGCGUGCCCCACGUACCACAACGUGACAGGCGCGUGGUGCGUGGCGGCCGCAGAGGAGAGAGGGGCCGCGGCCUCUGCCAGGAAGAAGGCCGUCAGCGCCAUGAUGCAGAGACCUAGGGCUAUGCCCACCAUCGAGCAAAGGGCUUACCAGCUCAAGGUCAAGGACAUGCGUUCAAAAUGGAAAGGCAGCCACGAGCUCAAGUCGAUGUCGAACGAGGACAUCGGAGAAGAGAGAGAACCCGUUUUAGACGGUUUUGUGCCGGACUACGAUUUGAGAUUGUUCAGAGAUGCGCAGGCGCUCGCCGCCGUCCAGAUCGAGGAGGAACUGGAAGACAUCGCUAGCGAUAAGGGAACGAGAUACGUGGUGAUGGGCAAGUACAUGAUGGAGGUGUGGUACCAGUCCCCGUACCCGGGGGAAGCGGCCCGGGUGCCCCGUCUCUUCGUGUGCGAGUUCUGCCUCAAGCACCACACGUGCGCCACGGGGGCGCAGCGCCAUCGCCUCAAGUGCGUCUGGCGACACCCGCCGGGGGACGAGGUGUACAGAAAAGACACCCUGAGCGUGUGGCAGGUGGACGGACGCAAGAACAAGCAGUACUGCCAACAGCUCUGUCUCUUGGCCAAGUUCUUCCUCGACCACAAGACGCUGUACUACGACGUGGAACCCUUUCUCUUCUACGUGAUGACCAGCGCCGACGAGGAGGGAUGCCAUAUCGUUGGCUAUUUUAGUAAGGAAAAGAAUUCGUUUCUCAACUACAACGUAUCCUGUAUUCUCACCUUGCCGCCUUACCAAAGACAAGGCUACGGAAGGCUUCUGAUAGAUUUCAGUUACCUACUAACAAAGGAAGAAGGGAAAGUCGGAUCUCCAGAAACACCGCUAUCGGACCUCGGUCUCAUCUCCUACAGGUCUUACUGGAAGGAGGCGAUCCUCAAACGAUUAUGUUCAGCUCCAGGACCGACCCUGAGUAUACGCGACCUCAGCAAGGACUUGGCUAUAUCCUCAUCUGAUAUAGUCUCGACUCUGCAAGAACGUGGUCUAAUGAAGUAUUGGAAAGGCAAGCAUAUUGUCUUGAAGAAGCAGGAUGUUUUGGAGGAAGCAACUCGCCGUGCAGGCCGCGUUCGCUCAGUAGAGCCUUCCUGCCUUCGUUGGUGGGGUGGGCCAACACCGCGUUAAACAUAAGUUAUUGUUUAAAUAUAUAUGCAAUCGAUUUUAAGAUUAAUUGGAUUAAUGCGUCACCCAUUAGUUUGGUUAGAACAAAUCGUAAAUCAACAAUUCAGUCAAAUGUUAUACAAAUUAUAUUCUUUAUUUAUUCAGAAAUUUAAGCACUGGCAAUAUAUUUGUUUAUUUUUGUAUAUAAAGAUUUUUUUUUCUCUUUUUUAGGGCUUGGUUAGUUUAUUUAUCCUCAAGAUUAUCUUAAAUGAUAUCUCAGAAUCUAGAUGGCCUCAUGGCCCAUAUAUAAUUAUAAAUUACUAUUAUUUGAUCUCUUUUUUCUAUACAACAAAAAUAAAAAGGAUCAAUCUAGCAAUUAGAGAAUGUCCCAAUUAAAACUCGUGGUCAUGACCAGACCAAUAAAAACCUAAUAUGUAGAACUACUAUGCUUUUCAUGACAUAUAUUUUUAGUAUUUUUUAUUACCAAAGAUGGGGAAAUACUGACACUCAGCUAGUUUGAUUCUCGAAAAAAAUACAAGAAAAUACAAAAUGUUCAAAAUAUAAUUAUGGACCAAAAUUUAUUUGGUUUUUCGUAAAACCCGUAAGAACGGAAUAGACUAACUCAGUUUUAUAAUUGUGAUAGCGAUUGUUGUAUCGUUAAAUUUUGUACCAAAUACAAUCGGUUUUAAUGCGUCCUGGGGCUUGGGACAAAAUCAUUCUUCGACAACCCACUAAACAAACGAAUUUCUAUGAAAACGAUCACGUGACAAAUGGUCAGAUAAUUUUAUUCCUAUUGUGGGUCACGCGUGUUGAAAAGUGAUUUAGUCUCAAGCCCUUGAGGUUUAAGUUAUAAGCAUUUCGAUGUUAGUUUUUAAGGUUUAUAAUAUUUGUGUCUAUAUAAUAAACGUAUAUUUAAAAAAAAAAUGUUUAGUAUUUGAAUAUUAAAACACACGAUGCAACGGGGCACAAUAAUGCCCUAUCGCUUAAGAGAGCUCUUAGAGACACGAUUCACAUUUUAUAUUAAAAAUAUAUACAAGAUUUAAAUCAAAUAAUACACAUAAAAUACGUAUCCACUCUUAGGAUGAAAACUACGUAAUUUAAAUAGUUACCAUAAUGUAUAGUAACAAUACAUUUUUAAAUCUUUUACGUGUCCACCACCAAAUAGUAUUGAGCCGAAAAAUGCUCGGUGCCUAAAAUAAAUAAUUUAAGAGUAAA